AUGUCCUUGAGAGGCUUGCAGGACACAUUCGAGCGCAGCCGCGCCAUUGGGCGCGGACGUGGCCGUGGACGCGGACGCGGAAGAGGAAAGACGACAAUUUGGGAGUGGGAGUCGUAUGUGCCUGGCCCUGAGGUCUACCAGCAACUGUGGCGCAUCCGCAGAGAACCCACAAUCGUCACCCCUCGUCUACCAGACCAAUGUCCCCGCCCAUUUGUGAAGUCGCGCAUCCUGGACCGCCGACAGACGGAUGACGAUGCACUCCAGAAUAUCUACAUUGUUGAGACCGUGAAGCAGUCUCGCGGCGCAUCACAGCCAAAGACGACGGUCGAGCAUGUGGAUCCGAGCUGCAUAUUAGACUACGUGUCGCCGCAUGAGCUGGAACGGUUCGAGAAUGAGCAAUUCAGGAUGGAAGCCGAGGCCGAGGCAAUCGCGGCGCGUGUAGAGGCCGAAGAAGCCGCACGUCGACGACUGGAACGGAAUGCACGCAGGUCCGCGACAGGCCAAACCAGAGGGCGGGGGAGGGGGGGCAGGAUACUCAGUGGUCUCGCCCUGGGCAUGGAGGCGCUACACACCGCACCCAAGAAAGGCAGGCCACGAGGAAGUAGAGGCAAGAGAGGAAUGUCUCGUAGCUCCUGGCGGACAAGGGGUCAGCUAGCGCUCAGCAGUCGGCCGUGUGAUGGAUCCCUGGGAGAAGAUAAUAUGGAUGAAGAGCCGACAGGUGUGCUGCAUCAUGAAGAGGAUCGUGUUGUCGAUGAGACUGACUCGGAGGACGAAUCAGCCGCUGAAGUGACAGCGCACUCCUCGCCUACCUUGGUGCGCUCUGCAUUCGUUGCCAACAGUGCUUUGCCAGUAUCGCCCGUCGUCAGAAGCAUGGCCUCUUCUUCAGACGCACGGCGCGAAGUCUCCGCAACCCCUCACAUCUCCGAGUCCGACGUCGACCUUACCGACUACGACACACGCUCCAUGUCCAGCGCUGCACUGCAAUUGCAGCAAGAAUACGAAUCCAGCGAACACACCAUCCCCGAAUCGCAACCAGACAGCGUCACCAACCCUCAUCAUCGCCACAAGAGACGAAGAAACGUGUCCGAAAGUCCGACGUCUGAUCCCCCUGAUUUCAAAGCACCCACUGGAUCUGUAUUUGAGCCUGAAGGUCCCUACACCCAGCAAUUACUCUUCAGAGAGUCUUCUCUCCCAGACGUCGAAUCGGACUCUGAACCUGAGCGUCCACAGCCACAGGAUCUCCUGUUCAGAAACCAAUCCUCCAUUCCCGAAUUCGAAUCUGAACCACUCAACGGCGACACAACGCCCCACCAACCUCCAUCUCGUUCCCAGCAUCCCGACGAUCAACUCGACAACGAGGAGACCAUACACAUUCAGCCAUCACACUGCACUUUGGAUUCCAACCCCAGCACCGGCACUCAUACCCACGACCCCAACGAUGACGACGACGCAGAAGAAUACGCAGUCGAAUCCAUCAUCGAACACUUCUACGAAGGCGGCAAGAAAUACUACCUCGUGAAAUGGGAAGGCUAUGAAGAUAGUCAUGAUUGGCUGCCGGAAGAGGAUCUUGCUGGUGCUGCGGAUAUCGUGGCGGAAUACAAUAGGAGGUUUGGGCGGAGAAAAGGUAAGAAGAAGGCUCGGUGA